AUGGGCACACCAUGCCUUAACUGGCCAAAGCAAGCUGCCAAUAAAUUGUACCGUUUACAAACCCCAACAACACCGCUUUUUAGACCUGUACAUCAUGAUAACGUCAGGCUUGAUGACUUCGCUAUGGGAACAAAUGCUAUAGUGGCAGUGAUUUCAUACACAGGUUAUGAUAUGGAGGAUGCCAUGAUUAUCAACAAGUGUGCAUAUGAGCGUGGCUUUGCUUAUGGUAGCAUUUAUAAAUCAAAAUUUAUCGAAUUAGAUGGGGCUAGUUUUUUCGCCCGUAGUCCACAUUUGCCCGACCUAAAUAAGAUCUUGGACAAUGAUGGUUUGCCUCACGCUGGCACAAAAUUAUGGCAUGGUUGUCCUUUCUACUGCUACUUCGAUGUGGAUACUUCAACCUAUAAAGUUGUAAAAUUAGACGAAAAAGAAGACUGCGUUGUAGAUAGUGUACGUUAUUGCGGUAACUUUAAGGCAAACGCGCGUCGAAUGGUAUGUGUGACUCUGCGCAUACCUCGACCGCCUACAAUUGGCGACAAAUUUGCAUCUCGUGCCGGACAAAAAGGCAUUUGUUCGCAGCGUUAUCCGGCUGAAGACUUGCCUUUCAGCGAAACGGGGCUAAUACCGGAUAUUGUUUUCAACCCACAUGGUUUCCCCUCUCGAAUGACAAUCGCUAUGAUGAUCGAAACCAUGGCGGGCAAAAGCGCUGCCUUACACGGACUCGUACACGACGCAACGCCAUUUCGCUUCUCAGAAAAACAUACCGCGAUCGAUUAUUUCGGUCGCCUACUAGAAGCCGGUGGAUAUAAUUAUUACGGCACAGAACGUCUUUAUUCCGGUGUAGAUGGACGUGAAAUGUCAGCAGACAUAUUCUUUGGUGUAGUUCAUUAUCAAAGACUUCGUCACAUGGUGUUCGAUAAGUGGCAAGUGAGAUCCACAGGUCCAGUUGAUGCUAUUACGCAACAGCCCAUAAAGGGUCGCAAGCGCGGUGGUGGUGUCCGUUUCGGAGAGAUGGAGCGUGAUGCUUUGAUCUCACAUGGUGCCGCCUUUCUUCUGCAAGAUCGUCUUUUUCAUAACUCUGAUAAGACACACACACUGGUGUGCAGCAAGUGUGGCAGUAUACUGGCGCCCCUGAAGAAGAUCAUUAUGCGCUCAGAGACUGGCAAAUUACAAUCGAUGCCAGACACUUGUCGGCUGUGUGGGGAUGGCACCGCUGUGGGGUACAUUGAAAUACCAUUCUCAUUUAAAUACUUAGUAAGUGAAUUAAGUUCAGUAAACAUAAAUGCGAGAUUAAAGUUAAUGAAUAUUUAAAAAGUAAAAAAAAAAAACUCCAUGAUUUCUUUUACUUUCAACUAGCGAAACUACGGAAGCUUUUGAUCCAAUCGAGUGCAUUUAAUCAAACGCGAACGCAAAUUUUCCACCACGACGUGUAUAAUUUGCACAUUGGAAUUGCGUUGAUGAAUGCAAGCAGGAAAGCCACCCCAUAUGUACUCAUGGGCACCAUAUAGUCAAAGGGCAUCUGACGAAACGUGUAGUCAGGAAAACUAAAUAUACUGCAACACCAUUCUACGGGUGCUUUUACACUGCGGCGUUAAUUUAAUUUGAAGGUUGUGGCAGUUGAAGUGCAGCAGUGUUUUAUAGAGAAUAAAAUUUCAACGAGGUGAUGGCAAUGGAAUAAAAGACAGUAAAAUCUUCAUACAUGUACAUAUGUACAUAUGUUCUUGUUUAAAUGCCCUGUUAAUGAUAUAUGUUUCACAUAAUGCAGACUGAAUAAAAUGCACUUCAACGUUA